CCCACCUGUCCACGCUGAUGGCGCACAGGUUGAAGAUUGAGGCAGUGCAUAGCAUGACGUCCAUGGCCAUGAGGGCGUCACAGAGGCGGGGGCUCAGCAGCCACACGCCACCCUGGACCUAGGCACGCAGAGGUUGCAGAAAAGAAGCACAAGAACUGAUCUUUCAGACGCUGACUUUCUGACCCCCAUUCUUGUUGGGGGGUGGGGAAGGCAAUGGCUGUGUAUUAGAGGGGAUUGGGGGCAUACAAGCCCAAUGUGAUCCUGAGACAGUGGGGGACACUUGUGUUAGAGGAGACAGACCUGCCUCUUGCCUCAGGUCUCCUUUGCUUAGGUGAGAAGCUUGGGGAAGACCCAGGGGGGUUUGAUACCAUCUGCUGGAGGGGAGCCCUUAGGGGUAUAGGCCUGACCCUCUGCCCACUAAACACAAAUCCUACCCACCUCCAAGACUCAGCUACGAGUUAUCCUGCCUGCUUCAACUGUCACUGCUGUGGGACUUUGGAUGGGUCCCUUCACUUGCUGAACGGUAUACACAUGAGCCUUGUUCUGAGGACAGAUGUGUUCUAAAAGUACAAAGACUUCAUAGGGCUCUCUGUGAAUCUGCAUAGAGUAUUCUUCAAGGGCAAAGGAGCAUACAGCCAUCUCAACCCACCGGUCCCCAAAUCCCUUCAUACUGAUUUGGGACGAUUAGGAGCUUAAGAAUCACCACAGUGACGUCAGUCCCUCGGGGAGGACCUGGGGUCAAGUGUGGCUGCUGGCCUCUGCCCUAGCUCCAGAAUUCAGUGUCUUCCUUAGAAAUCCCAUGCAGCCCCUCCCCCCUCCCCCAGUCCAGGCCACUAAGUCCCCAUUCCUGUCCUAAGCAGCUUUUCUCUGGCCAAACCUCGUCGUACAAAGAGAAGAGUUCGCACCACAGCAGACACACCUAAGAACCAGACCUGUUCUGGGGUGACUGUCCCGGAGUCUCCAAAAGGUGCUGAGCCCUUAGGCGCCCCUAGGUUCACUAUCCGGUCCAAGUCUCUCUGAUUACACCCUUCACUGCUCCAAGCUCCUGGCAGCUGAGUGGCUACAGGCUUUGGGCUUCUUCCACAAGGCCACAUCUGGAGGCCACACUUUUCACCCUGUGCCAACACUGGACUACAAGAACCUAGGUUGGAACAGGGCAGCACAGGCAGAGUUGACACUAUAGAAUCACGGCAGUAAGCGCUGCGUUGAACCAUGCUAGACAAGUGUUCUAGCACUCAAGUCCCGGACUCCAGGGAUGAAGAUGUUUUGCAAGCCUAUUUCCAUCAACCCCCACUCAUAACUCCUCCUCUUCAUUCCCCUACAACCUCUAAGGCCUGCUUUUCGCUUGUUCUAACCCAUCUCUACCUCCUGCUUCCAACAUGAAUUGGCUGUUUUCUCCCAUCCGAAAAUGCAACCUCAGGGGCCUAAGAAGGUUCCAUCUUUGCUUUGCAUGUUGGGCUGCCCUUUCAGGCGGUACCCUGCAUCCGUUGCCCCCCAGCCCUGGUCUCUCUGGAGCUCUAGGACUCUGGUCUCCUUUCCCUGUCAGUCGUCAGUCGUCCACUGGCCCCUCCGAGGCUUCUCAAGACACCCACAGCCCCUUCCCAGGAAGAGUGGUCCAGGGUCUUGGUCUAGGCUGGGCGCCAGUAUGAACUGAGGCUCGAGAGGCCUCGCAGUGCUAUUCCCUCCGCUUGUUCUGAACCGUCAAACCCUGUUCGCUGCCCCUGGUCCCAGAUGGAGGUGUCCAGUUCGCUACCUAGUAGCUACUCCCCCCGCCCAGCAGGCUGAGGGGCGCCAACGCGGCGGUGGGGACGGGAGGUGGCCGGACGACAGCUGGGGGGGCGGCCCUGACCUUCCCGCAAUCGAUGGGGCGCGGCCGGCCGCGCGGAGCCGGGGCGGUGCCGGAGCCCCCAGCCUGCCGCCAGGGCAGCUAUAAAGCAGGGGCGCAGGGCUCAGGCUGCAGCUGCAGCGCUCAGCACACACGGAGCCCGACCAUGCCCACCCUGCUGCUGCUGCUGCUGCUCGCUGGCUCGGCCGCACUCCCUGCGCCCCCCAGGAUCCCAAGACACUCAGACGGGACGUUCACCAGCGAGCUCAGUCGCCUGCAGGACAGCGCCAGGCUGCAGCGCCUGCUGCAGGGUCUUGUGGGGAAGCGCAGUGACCAGGACACAGAAAAUAUCCCAGAGAACAGCCUGGUCCGGUCCAAGCCCUCAGAGGACCAGCUCUGCUUGCUGUGGUCGAAUACUCAGGCUCUACAGAACUGGCUGCUCCCCAGGCUUCCCCUGGAUGGGUCCUGGUCUUCCUGGCUGCCUUCUGGACCAAAGCCUGCUAUCGAAGUUUCGGAGUGGACUGAAGCAACCAGGCAGCCCAGAUGAGGGAGGAAGGGGAAUCUCCAGGAGCUGGCUGGAGCUAGGGUUUGGUUGUCCUUAGUAUCAAUAAAGAAGGAAUUUAGACCCUGGUCUUUUA